AUGAAAGCCUUUUUAAAAAGUUCAGAUGGUGUUUUUAUGCUGAGAUCAAAAGUAACUACUAUAGGAAGACAUGAAGAUUCAGAUCUUGUUCUGAAGUCUGUAGGUAUUGAAGAUCAUCAUGCAGUCAUUGAAUUCAGCGAAUCAGAAAACAGUUUUGUUCUUCAAGAUUUCAACUCUCUUCAUGGCACUUUCGUUAAUGAUUGCCAUAUACAGAAUGCAGCAGUGAAAGUGGGUGCAGGGGAUAUUCUGCACUUUGGUUCAGGAGGAACAUCCUAUGAGCUAGUGAUAGAAAACACUUCUCAGAUGUCUUGCCCACCAAUGAAACGUCACAUAGCAUGGCCGGGGCAGUUCCAGUUAAUUUCAGAGACAAAACUUUAUACCCCUUCAACAGCUCCUCCUCAGCUGCCUUUCCUCCAGUCUCAGCACCCAUCCAGCAUUCACAACAUUUGGAUGCAUGGAACAAAUGGAACUACACCCCAUCCACCAAACAGAAAAAGACCUGUGAGUGCUUGGGGAAGAAGUAUGCCUUCUUCUUUCUCUCCAGAUACUUUCAAUAGGCCUACUGCAGUCAGACAAGGAAAUGGACAAUCUGGAGCAAGUGGAGUUCCAUUAUCAGGAAGUCAUCAUAUGGAUUUACUUCUUCAGGAAAAGGAUGAAAUAAUUCUGAAAAUGAAAGAUGAAAUCAGUCAUCUCUUGGGUUUUGAAAGUGAGUCAAAACAUAAAGAUACAGUGAUAGCCAAUCUUCAGGAUGAAAUUGCAGUGAUGACAAAGAAAAUGGCUCAGGCUGCUAGGAAUGAUGUCGAGUUUACUCAAAAACUACUGACCUUUGAGCGAGAUAUUGAAGCAAAGACGGAAGAGAUUAAAGCCUUGAAAGAGCAGAUCAGCAAUCUGCAGAGAGAUUCGAGCCAAGUCUUGUGCCAUUCCCUCUCUGAAAGAGACUUAGAAAUUGCAAACUUGAAAAAAGAGGGUGAGAAGUUAAGGAGGAAUCAAGCUCUAACUACAGGACUGGUGACCAGUUUGCAAAGAGACGUUUCAGCAAAGGAGCAGAGAAUACUGCAACUAAAACUGAAUGCAGAUAAACUAAAGAAGGAAAACAGGGAGAAGGAUAAUCAGCUUGCAGUCAUUUCUGCCAAGCGCAUUGGGGAGCUGGAGCUGCAAGUGAAGAGGCUGCAGGGAGAAAUGCAGAAGAACUGCGCCGAACAGGAAAUCAUAACAAAUAGGCUUGCAGAAAAAACAAAGGCUCAAGAGGAACUGAAACAAGAAUGUGAAAGGAAAUGUCUGCAGUUACAAGAGAUGGGGCGCAGAGAAGGCCUCAUUAAAGCUGACUUGGAACAGGCAAAAGCUCAGCUGGAGUGUUUCAAAAGGCAAAUGAUUGAAAUCUUCUAUUCACAAGAAUCAGAAAUUCCAGAGACUGUAACAGAUCAACAGUUAAUGGAAAAGAUAAGACAGAUCACUGAUGAAAAUCUGCAGAUUCGUGAAGAGGAGAAGUUAUUACAGGAGGAAAUCAUUUCCAAGGACUCUGAAGAGAAGGAAGUAUCUGAAAGUGUUGAGGUGUUGAAGAAAUCAUUGGAUGAAUUCCAGGCUUUCUUAAAGACCUCCUAUUGCAGCAGUAGCUUGAAAAGAGAGAUUUGUAACCUUCAAGAUCUGUGCAUUGAUCCCUCUGUCUUGUGGAUCCACACACCAGUAGUUGAAAUUCUAAGCAGUUUACUCUCAUGGGUAGAAGCAGUGGAGCAGCUCCUUCAGGAUGUGGGCACUGACAUGUCUUGCUCUGACAAAGGAAUGGCCUCAUACAUGAAGAGUCUGCUGGAGAAUAAUCAUGAAACUGUGGGCAGAAUUCAAACAUUGCAGGCCCAAUUAGACAAAUUACAGGAAUCCCAGAAUUCUCUGCUACACGAAAAGCUGACUGAACUAAAAGUGGAACAUGAGAAAGAAUUACAGGACAAGAUAAAACUAAUACUUUUAGAAAAAGAGAGAGAAAAUAAAAAGAUUCUGGACAGUGCUGUUGCUCAGGAAAAAGACAAAUUAAAGGAAUCUGUGGAGGAAGAAAAGAAAAAGGUCCAACAUUUGGAAAAUCAAUGGAGACAUUUGACUGAGAUCAUUGAACUUAAAAUGAAAGAAGAAGAAAUUGUAAAUGCCCAACUGAGAGAAGCAGUGGACAGCUUAGAAGAGGCUAGAAAGAGAGAGGCCAUGUUGCAAGAUCACCUGUUGAUGCAAGACAAACAUCUAACACUCAUUCAGGAUGAGAAUGAGUUACUGAAGCAGAAAAUUCAGAAAGAGAUAAUGGAAUAUAAAGAACAAAUCAAGCAACAUUCAGAGACAAUUGUAGCUUUAGAAGACAGACUAAUGGAAGCCACACAGCAUCAGAAGAAUAUAGAGGAGGAAAAUGUAGCUCUACGGGAAAAAAUAGAAAUAUUUCAGAAAGAGCCUCAGGAGUCAGCAUCGUCUGUUUCACAAGAGCUUUCUGACAAUGAAGAGGCCCAUGUUUUUCUGAUAGGAGAAUUAGCAGCUGCUCGGAAGGAAAUCCAGUCCAAACAGGCUAUCAUUUUGGGAUUAAAGAAAGACCUCUCAGAAGCCAAAGCCAGAAUGUCGGAUAUGAUAGGAGAACUCAGUGAGAAACAAAAGAUGGAACUGGAGCGGAACCUAAUUCUUGUUAGAAGCCAAGAGAGUGAACUGAAAGUGCUUAGAGAGAAGCUAUUUGAGAUGUCAGACCUUGUGGACAAGAAGGAUAAAGACCUGAGAACUUCAGCUGAAGAAUUAAGGCAUACAAAAGAAAAACUGAAAAAGCUGAAGAAUGCAGCAAAAGAAAAGGAGAGUGAAUUUGAAAAGCUACCACAAACAGAUGUGCAGGCCAGUAACACCACAAAGGAUGAAGUCCCCAAAACCAAAAAGAAGCAGACUGUGGACUUGGCAGACCUAGGAGCUACAUGUAAAGGCCUCAGACAUGAGGAGACAAUUCAGCGUCAAAAAGAUGCACUGACUGAGCUCCGAGACAGAAUCAAGAUGCUGGAAAAGACUCAGUCUUUAACUAUUAAAGAGAAGGUUCCUGAGCCACUUAUAGUGCUAAAGAAAGACCUAUCUGAGAAAAUAGCUCAGAAAAUAGGCUUAGAAAAGGAACGUGUGCCAUCAUCAAUAAAAAAAAUGGAGGCCAAGCUUCCAAGCCAUUUUCCCAACACAUAUUCAAAUGUCGCCUUAGAGAGGACAGCAAAGUUGGAAAUGUCUGAUGCUUUAGACCUCAGCGAGAAGAUGUACCUCAACUUAAUUCAUGCUCUUGGAAGUCUGAUGAAUGUGAAGGAGCUGACAGGAGUGCAGUCUGUUAAGCAUCUUUCUCAGGAUGAGAGGGAAAAAGUGAGAAUGCAACGACAGAAGGACCUUGAGCUGCUGUACGAUAAGAUCAGUAAACUCAAGAGUCGGCUAGAAAGGAAAGAAAAACUACUGAAAGAGUAUGAGUCAGACAUUGGACAACUCAGGGCGAAUAAGGUAUCUUUGCAAGCGUACCAGGCCGAGAUGACUAAACUGGAAGAUGAAGUCUAUAGAGAAGCAGAAGAGAAUGCUCUGCUAAAAGAGGCUCUAGAGAGGACACAGUUCCAGCUGAAUCAGGAGAAAAGAUUGAACAGAGCUGUUAAACUGCAUAAGCCUGGACCCAAAACAAAAUCAUUCCCCGAAAAGCUGAAGACGACAGACCAUGUGAUAGAAACAUUUAAGAGGAGAGCACAUAGUAAUGCCACCUCAUAGGCAUUUCUCUUGCAAAAUCCUGUGGUAGGAAUUUGCCAAGUAAUGUAAUACUAUUUGGGUUAGACCUGUUAUUAAUUGUAUUGUUUUGAUGAGAAUCCAUUUAGCCCUUGUGUAAAUACAGGAAAUGCUGCAGUAUAUCUUGAAUUACCUAGGACUUGUUUUUUCUUAAGUAUGUUGCUUAUGUACCAUAUUGUAUUUUUGAUUAUUAGAAGUGUAA